UCCAAAUGAGAACCACCGUUUGAAAUGUUCUGCCUGAACUAGCUGGCCAACUCAAUGACGAGCAAGGCGCUUUAAAUCGCCAUAUCGAGAAACUGUUAACGUUGGCUAGCUAGCAUGUUUAAGUUAGCUAACUAGCUAAAUUUAGCUCUCGAGUUGAGGGAAAUCUUCUGUCGUUACUUACUUUAACCACAAUAUUUAUAAUCUCUGUUUCUACUAAAACAUAUUGUCUAAGAGACUGGUACACCUUUUGUAGCCAGCUCCUCUGUAUUUCACAAGCAGUUAGGAAUGAGCUCCCAGCCUGACAUGGUGCAGCACGGCGAGCUAUGAUGGCGACGUGACACAGUCAGAUUGCGAGCAAAGCGGGAAGGAACACGCACUAUUCUGUCUGUUGUCUAUGUGCAACGUCCUUGUAGUAUGCCAACGCUGAGCUGUUGAUAAUAUUCUUUUUAAAUGCUUUUGACGUUUUUUUUGUCUGUUAACAAUCAGCAUGAGCAUACAGUUAAACUAGAUAGCUAGUAGCCACACAUUUUUGUGAGUCUGGAGGGAGGGGGCUGCAUCGAGCUUGAAAAGAAUGCGUUAGAAGUAGCAGGCUAGUUCGUCGUUAGCCGCAAUCAAAACAAAUCGAGCUGGACUCCCUCAAAUAGCCUCUACGAUGAAGGCAGCGGACGAGCCUGCCUACCUGACCGUGGGGACAGAGGUCAGCGCGAAAUACAGAGGUGCCUUCUGUGAGGCAAAAAUCAAGACUGUUAAACGGACGGUGAAGGUUAAGGUGAUGCUCAAAGGAGACACUACCUCACAAGUUGUUCAAGAUGACCAAGUGAAAGGACAGUUGAGGGUGGGCUCCACAGUGGAGGUGAAGAGUGCAGAGGGGAUCUGCAGUGAGGCAACCAUCAACAAACUUACAGACGCCAGUUGGUACACAGUGGUGUUUGACGAUGGAGAUGAGAAGACACUCCGCAGGACGUCUCUGUGUCUUAAGGGCGAGAGACAUUUUGCUGAGAGCGAGACGUUGGACCAACUGCCCCUGACCAACCCGGAGCACUUUGGCACCCCCGUCAUCGGGAAGAAGGGAAACCGCGGAGGAAGGAGGUCAUCUCAGGCUCAUGCGAACGAUGACAAGGAGUCGUCGUCCAGUGAUGACGACAGUGAGGAUAGGAGGAGGCUAAAUGAUGACCUGCUGGGUAAAGUGGCCAGUAUUCAAUCUGGGACAGACCGGACAUCCUGGUACCUGGCCCUGGUGAUAUCACCCAGCUGCAAUGAUGACCUGACAGUCAAGAAAGACCAAUGUUUAGUGAGAUCAUUUGCAGACUCCAAAUUUCGCACUGUGGCAAGAAAGGAGAUCCAUGAAGUGAACAUGGACAGCCUCUCUAAAGCGGAGUUCUCAUCGAGGAACGGGUUGGAUGAGGCAGUGCAUUUCCUCAAAACCAAGGUGGUCCCUGACAGUUGGAAGAUGGACAUGAGCGAGAUCUUAGAAUCCUCCAGCAGUGACGAGGAGGAGGACAAGGAAGGAAAAGAUAGUGAGGAGGAGGAGGAGGAGGAGAAGGAGGAUGACGAGCAGCCUGAGGAUGAGGCGGACCCAGAGGAGAGGGAUCACUUCCUGCAGCAGUUGUAUAAGUUCAUGGAGGAUCGAGGGACACCAAUUAACAAGCCUCCUGUGCUCGGCUACAAGGAUCUGAACCUCUUCAAGCUCUUCAGGCUAGUCUACCAGCAGGGGGGCUGUGACAAAAUUGAAAGUGGAUCUGUGUGGAAACAAAUCUACAUGGACCUGGGCAUUCCCAUCCUAAACUCUGCUGCCUCCUACAAUGUGAAGACUGCCUACAGAAAGUACCUGUAUGGCUUUGAGGAGUACUGCCGCUCAGCCUGCAUCGUGUUCAGGACCAUCCACCACAACGAGGCUCGUCCAGCGCCCCAGUCCUCUCAGUCCCAGACAGAGCAGAAGGCUGCCCAGGUCCCUGAGGUGAAGGUGAAGGACAAAGACAAGGUUGGCAAGGGCCCAACACCACCCGUACAGAAUGAGUCUGCUGCAGCCACAGAGGACAAGCCUUCCCAGGAGGAGGCUGAGUCGGGGAGUGAGAGUGACAAAGAGAGCCACAAAGAUAUCGCCUCUCCCAGGGGGAGGAGACGGUGCACUGUGACCCCAGUCAAAGCUGAGGUGAAGGAGCCUGUCAAGCUGGAGAAGAUCAAAGAGCAGGAGCCGAGUGAUCUGGGUGUGGGCGAGACCAGCGGAGAGGAGACGGGUGGUCAAAAAGAGAGCAGCAGGUCAGACGGAGGGGACACCCAGGGGAAUGGAUGCAGCCGACGUCUGGAGGAGUCCGAUAAAGAGUCUGAGGACGAAGUGGAGGAUGAGGACAGCGAGAGGAGAGUUGGAGAAGGGGCUGAGGAUGAGGACUCAGAAGACUCUGUGACCGGGACUAAGGUGAAGGUAAAGUACGGCCGAGGGAAGACCCAGAAGAUAUACGAGGCCAAUAUCAAGAAAACUGAGAACGAUGAUGCCGGAGAUGUCCUCUACCUGGUACACUACUACGGCUGGAACGUCAGGUAUGAUGAGUGGGUCAAAGCAGAUCGGAUCAUCUGGCCUGUCGACAAGGGCGGAACAAAAAAUAAACAGAAAAAGAAAGUCAUGAACAAAGAGGAUGGAGAGAAGGACAAGCAGGGGAAGCUGGGUGGGUUGAGAGGUCGCCCUCUUCUCAGAACCACUCCCCCCAGUGCCAACCGCAGCGUCUCCAAGACCCCCAGCCGUGAGGGGCGCUCCAGCAGCAAGAGCAAAUCUGACACAUCACCCCUGCCCAAUGGAGAGGGUACCCCUCGCCGACGCACAAGAAGAACCUCUGGGAUGUAUGACUCGGACAGGGAUGCCAACUCCAAUGAUGAGUCGGGGAAUUCGUCAGAGGACAGUGAGUCAGAGGAUUCGCCGGAGAAGAAGCCUGCAUGGGCGGAGAGAACGGACCCCGCCACGGCCCGUAAACAGGAAGAGGAGGAGGACCUGAGGGUGGAGAGAGGAAGAGCAGAGGCAGUGGCCGCCGCAGCAGCCCAGGCAGCAGCAGCAGCACAGCUCCAGCCCCCCAGCAGCCCUAAGGAGAAGGAGCAGCAGCAGCAGGAGGACAAACUCCCUGAGAGGGAGCCUGAGAAAGUGGAGGCUGAGGAGCAGCCCCAGACGCCUCCCAUGACCCCUGAACCCGACAGACCCAAGGAGGAAGACCCCCCUAACCUGAAAUCCCCCAGGCCUAAAGCAUCACGUAGAAGUAACGUUAGAGAGCCAGAGAGGAACACCAACAACACUGGCUCUGAGAUACCCACCACUCCCAACCACAUUGAGACUGAGUCAUUCCCCAGCCCAUGCCCCCUAAAGAGGCAGGAUGAGCCCAUGGUGGUCCUUCACUGUCUCCCUGCUGAGCACCUCCCCAGCAUGCCCGACCUCCCCAUCAUGGACUCCGACACAGACUCCGCCCCGGAGGAGGAGAUCUGCAGGGAGGAGCGAGGCGUGGCCAAGCGUAAAGCCACCGACCACAGGACGCCGGACAAGAAGGUGCGUCUAGACUGGAGGGAGGAUACUGCCAGAAUGGCAUCGCCGGGCGGGAUGCCCCAUGACUCGCCGGGCGGGAUGCCCCAUGACUCGCCGGGCGGGAGGCCCCAUGACUCGCCGGGCGGGAGGCCCCAUGACUCGCCGGGCGGGAGGCCCCAUGACUCGCCGGGCGGGAGGCCCCAUGACUCGCCGGGCGGGAGGCCCACGACUCCAGAGCGGAGGCUGGAGUCGGGGGGACUAAAAGAAGAGGAGUGUCUAAAGCCAGCGAAGGGUAAAACAGAGCCGGAGGUUAAAACAGAGAUGCCUGCCCUCACUCCGGAGGUGCGGUGUCGAGGUCCAGGAGAGGGAGGUGUUGCAGGAGGUCAGCCCAGGUCAGAGCAGCCAGACUAUGGAGCAGAGGAGGAGCUGAUGCCCCAGAUAGGGCCUGAGGCGCUGGUCUGCCACGAGGUGGAUUUGGAUGACCUGGAUGAGAAGGACAAGACCUCAGCAGAAGACCUCCUAAUGAUGAUGAGCCAAGGGAAGGUCCAUGCUCCCCCUCCAUCCAAUGCCUCCUCCCACCACCCCCAGACCCACAACAACCCUCCUCCAUCCUCCGGUGGAGCUGCUCCUCCACAAGUCUUUUCCCCCACCUCGGCCCCUAGCCCUGAUGAGUCUAUAAGCACCAAGAGUGAGAGCGACGUCACCAUCGAGGUUGACAGCGUAGCUGGGGAGUCUCAGGAGGGGCUCGGUGAUAAUGAGUCGGCCAACUCCAACUGCUUUGAAGCCAACACCAGCUCUAGCAACUCCAGCAUGUCACUACAGGAGAGAGACACCAAGGACAGAGGUCAGAAAAGGUUGAUGGACUGCAAUAUGAGUUGUUCUGCAAAGAAGCAGAAGCGCAACCAGAAACGGCCAAGCACAACGUCCAAAAUGGAGAAGAAUGGAGCAGAGUACAGCAGUGACAGUGAGGACCUGGCUGUUAUGGACCCCGCCUGUAAGAUGACUCCAGUGAAACACUCAAUGUCUAAAGGAAGCCUGAAGUUGGUCUCUCCUAACAGUAAGGAGUUAGAGAAGGACAAGCACAAACACAAGCAGUCCUCCUUCCCCUCCCCUCGCACAUACAAGUGGACCUUCCAGCUCAAUGAACUGGACAGCAUGACAAGUGCUGAGAGGAUUUCCUUCUUACAAGACAAACUACAGGAUAUAAGGAAGUAUUACAUGUCACUCAAGUCUGAAGUGGCCUCCAUAGACAGGAGGCGGAAGAGGUUAAAGAAGAAGGAAAGAGAAGUGUCCCACACCACAGCUUCAACAUCGUCUGGCUCAUCAGACACUGGGAUGAGCCCCUCCUCCGCCUCACCGACUCAGAACACUGUGGCUGUCGAGUGCAGGUGAUGACACGCCUUCUCCCCCACGGUUCCCAUUACGACUACCCUUUCCCACCAUCCCGCUGCCUCCCUGGAGACACGGUUGUGUCUGAAAUGGCACCCUAUUCCCUUUAAAGUACAAAUCUUUUGACCAGAAGCCAGUGUUAAAUGACCAGAGGCCCUGGUCAAAAGUAGUCCACUAUAGAGGGCAUAGAGGUGCCAUUUCAGACAUACCCACGUACUGACACACCAGAGCCAGCAGCCAAAAGCACUCGACUGCACCCCCUCUGUCUCCUUUCACCCCCCCCCAUCCCUCCUACCGCAUCCCAUCCACCACUUGGCCACUCCCACUUCUUGCACUUCCCUGCCUUGUAGAUAUUGUGGUCCACCUACUGUAGUGUUGUCAGGAAAUGGAUUCUACGUGAGUUGAAUGUAAAGGAAACCACAAACCCCAGAUACUCCUAGCCAAACCCCUUCACUCUCCAUCCUUGAACAGUCCAUGGCACUUUUCUUCUUCUUACUCUGUCAGAAACAGAUAUAACCUCCUCUGGUUCCUCAAACGGGAGCAAUCUAGAUUCAGUAAUGAAUCAAUGAUGUCUAUCAGCAGAACCAGACAUACACAAUGUAUGUAAUCUACAAUGUAAAGGGUCCCUACCCAUGUUAAUAAUGGUCACUUAACCACCAUGUUAAUAAUGGUCACUUAACCACCUUGGACAUUGUUUGCAAAAAGGUCAAUUAUGUUCGCUUGCUCCAUCAGAACUGCCAAAGUACACGUGUUACAGCAGAUUGCCCUAUUUUGGAAAAGUGGGACAAAUUCAAUUGCAAAAGGGAAUGUAGUUUACUGAAAACUGCAGCCAUUGUCUUCCAUUUAUUGCAGUGUGUCAUCACAGAUUAAUUAUGAAAACUAUUUUUGGGUCUCUUUUUAAGAAAAGUAAUAAAAAAAUUAUUAGAAAAAGGUUUAUUACAGUGGAACACAGGAGAAUGUUUUCAGUGGACUAAUUUCCUUUGCGAGUGUAUUGUCUUUUUAUAUGUAAUUGCAGAGUUUUUAUUUUAGUAUGGAAAAUUUCAAAAAGUAUAUAUCACAACAGUGAAGUUAUUUAAUGAAAGAUUUCUAGCCCUGAAAUUUUGUGUAAAAAAGGUUUCUUGCAUUGUUAAAUAUAUUUAUUCUGUCAGUGGACACAUUUUAGUAUUUUUUACAAUAUAGAGACACGAACCUUCCACAGUUUGGACAAUGGGAAAUUCUGAUAUUGAAAGAAUGUUGUGUGCUCAUCUAAAAGCAGACUUUGACUGUGAUGUUUCAAUUGGGUAGCUACUGUGCAGUACAUGUUUCCCCUAUUUUCAACAGGGCCCUCAACUUUCUCAACAUUUUUUUUCUUCCCUAGAUGGUUUUUGGGGAACACCAUAAUUUGGUGGCCUUCACUUUGUUUCUUGGUACUUGUAUUUGUUAUAAUUUAAAACAUCUAUUCUUAUUUCGACAUGAGUUCUGACCAAUAAAUAAAAGUUGCUUAAGGAAUAUGUAUGUGAAGCCCAGAGGUUUCUUAUGAUUGUUUUUGUAUAUAGAGCUUCCAAAACCAUGAAUUUGAAAAAUACAUUUGACAAACUGUAAAGAAUGACAUAUUAUUUUUUUAUACCUCAUCUUUGUACUGGUAUAUUAAAACCUUUUUUUUAUGUAAAGUUGGUAGAAACAUUCACGCACACAGACUGACUAUAUACUGACCCAGUGGGUUUCAGCAUUAGUCUGAAACUAACCCUACAGAAGAGUCAUCGAAGCAUUCAGAACAUUGACAUUUUUUAUGCCUUAUAGACUUGUGAAAAACACACAGUACUUCCUUAAAAGCUAAGUUUAUCUACAGAUUCCUGGAUGAAGGAAAGAAGGUAUUAAGAUUACCUGAGCAAAGUCUUUGUAUCUUAAUGUAAAAUAAGCAGAGCUCUUCAUUUCUAAUAAAGUUUUUAAAUAUU